GUGACCGGAGGAGGCGGGAGCUGAGGACCGGCGCCUUCUCCUUGCUUCUUGGGGUCGUGGCCUUGCUCCCGCCUUGCAAGGCAAGGGUCCGGGCGCUUCCGCGCGCGUGUGUGCGCGUGGGGCCUGAAGUGCUCGUGCGUCCGGGCUAGGUCUCUGCGGGGGCAGAAGCAGGAGCCAUGGGUGGGACCUCCAGCACCCGCCGGGUCACCUUCGAGGCGGACGAGAAUGAGAACAUCACCGUGGUGAAGGGCAUCCGGCUUUCGGAAAAUGUGAUUGAUCGUAUGAAGGAAACCUCUCCAUCUGGUUCGAAAUCUCAGCGGCAUUCUGUUUCUGAUGAAGAACUGAAGAGAAGAGUGGCUGAGGAGCUGGCAUUGGAGCAAGCCAGGAAAGAGUCUGAAAAUCAGAAACGACUAAAGCAAGGCAAAGAACUGGACCGAGAGAGGGCCUUUGCUAAUGAGCAGUUAACCAGAGCUAUUCUUCGAGAGAGGAUAUCAAGUGAAGAAGAACGAGCCAAGGCAAAGCACCUGGACAUUGAAGACAAAGCUAAGCAGCUGGAAGAGAAAGAUCGAGUGAUAAAGAAGCAGGAUGCGUUCUACAAAGAGCAGCUGGCUAGACUGGAGGAGAGGAGCUCAGAAUUCUACAAAGUCACCACUGAACAAUAUCAGAAAGCUGCUGAAGAAGUGGAAGCAAAGUUCAAGCGGUAUGAGUUUCAUCCUGUCUGUGCUGAUCUGCAGGCCAAAAUUCUCCAGUGUUACCGCCAGAAUACCCAGCAGACCCUCAGCUGCUCUGCUCUGGCCAGCCAGUACAUGCGCUGUGUCAAUCAGGCCAAACAGAUCAAGCCACAAGAGGAUAAAUGAGACACUAUGAUACUGGGACAUUGUCUGGUCUGACUCUUACAUCAGCAUGCUUGAGAAGGGAGGAUAAAGUCAACUUUUAGAACAAGCAGAACUCCUCAACGUUAAUUCCAGAGGCGGAACAUUUUUUUUUUCCUAGUAAGAAAGUAACCCAUUUAAGGAGAAGACGAUUAAAGAGAAGCACCAAAGAGCAGAUUCAGCUGAAGCAUAUCCCAGUUGAUCAACUGCAGUUUGAAAAGCCAAGGCCUAGAUCAGGUAUCAGCCAGCAAGGACACACUGCAGUGUUAGUCAACCCUGUUCAUGAUGAUUAAAAGAGAAAGGCAGACCUUUCUACCUUUUUAACUUUCUAUUCAGCUUUCUCUUCUCACCAAGCUCCAGGGUUGGGUGAAUCUUCAUUCCAGCAGAGCUGGGCUUUGGGGGUUGGGAUGGGGGCGGGGAGAGGGCACCAAACCUCCAUCUCAGCCCAGCAGUGCUGGGUGCAAUCGUCUAGGCUCUGGUGUUUUGGUUUUCUCUUUUUGCUUUUCUCCCUUGACUAUAUAAGAGCUACUUCAUUUUAACUUAUUAUGGUGAUCAUAUAAGUAAGACAAAACGGAGAGAAAAAUGUACCUCUUUUACUGGAAUAAUGUUUAUGAUUACAAGUGAAAUAAGGCAUUUUUUAUCAACAUAAAGGCAACCUUGGCUUAUACCACCUCUUCUUGAUCAUGAAUACUGACAUCUUUACUGCACUCACUAUUAAUAAUAAAUAUAUUUUCCGAAGAAGACUGGCA